UUCGUACAUACAAUACACGGUCACACAGCUCCCGCAGAACACUGCGUUGUUUUUUUUUGUCAUUCGACCGUUCGUCGGAGAAAAAAGCUUUUAUUUACCGAAGUACCCCUUUGUGUUCUCGUUUGUAAAAUCAACGAGAAUUAUACUCGGCACCAAAGAACUACGCAAAAUGUAGAACUUUGAGGAAAUAAUCAUUUCGAGGGCGACGAGAGAGGGGGACGGAUUCGCGUGUGUGAGUUCGUACGUCGCACCCAUCCAUCGUGUACCAUUUCUCAAGAGGCGCUGCUGUUUGUGUGCAGGUAUAUACAAGCCAGCAACACCAGCAAACGAAAGAGAAAGAGAGAGAUACUCCUCUCCCUUCUCUCGUAUUGAUCCCUCUCCUACUGAAUGUUUUUGGAAGGGCGACAGAGGGGGAGGAGGGGGCGACGAAUCUCUCUCAGGUGUAUGUGUGCGUGUUUGUAAACCCGUGGUGCAACAACGACCGCGACGAAGACGACGACGACGACGACGACGACGACGUCGACUACGACGUCGACUACGAUGAUGAUGGAGGAUUGAAGAAUCCGUUAGUUCGCGAGUCGGUGAUAUAAGCCUGUGCCUCUCGUCUCGCGAACACGCGAGAUUCCCGAUAAUAAUGGAGAUCGUUGGUGAUUACGAGUACAACACGAAAGAUCUCAUCGGACAUGGAGCUUUCGCCGUUGUUUUUAAAGGGAGACACAGAAAAAAAUCAAAUUUUGUCGUUGCCAUCAAGAGCAUUACAAAGAAGAGCCUGGCAAAAUCGCAAAACCUGCUCGGAAAAGAAAUCAACAUUCUAAAAGAAUUAACAGAAUUGCAUCAUGAGAAUGUUGUCGCUCUGUUGGAUUGCAAAGAGUCCAAUCACAAUGUCUUCCUUGUUAUGGAAUAUUGUAACGGUGGGGAUUUGGCCGAUUAUUUGGGAGCCAAAGGUACUUUGUCCGAGGAUACGAUAAGAGUUUUUCUGAAGCAGCUAGCAGGAGCGAUGAAAGCGCUGCACGCAAAGGGUGUUGUGCACAGGGAUCUCAAACCUCAGAAUAUUCUGCUGAGCCACAGUUGUGGCAAAGCGUGUCCGCAACCUCAUCAAAUAACUUUAAAAAUAGCUGAUUUUGGUUUCGCAAGGUUUCUCCAAGACGGUGUGAUGGCUGCGACGCUGUGCGGCUCGCCAAUGUAUAUGGCCCCGGAGGUUAUAAUGUCGUUGCAGUAUGACGCGAAAGCGGAUUUGUGGUCCCUCGGAACAAUAGUUUUUCAAUGUCUGACCGGAAAAGCUCCUUUCCAGGCUCACACGCCUCAAGCAUUGAAACUUUUUUACGAGAAUCACGAGAAUCUUGGGCCAAAAAUUCCAUUGGGAACGUCGCCAGAACUGUCGCAUCUGCUGAUGGGUCUUUUGAGAAGAAACGCGGUGGAUCGUAUGCCGUUCGACGAGUUUUUCAGUCACGAAUUUCUGCAAGGGCCGCGAGAUACUGCAAAUUCGGUGGUGCCCGUCGAGUUGCCAGCGUCUCCGAUAAACCUCGCGGAGUUGCGAAUCGCGAAUGAGGCAGCGGCGGGAGCGGCGACGGGGGGAACAGCGGCGACGACGGGAGUGACAAAUUCGGGUCCCGACACGAGCAGUCCCUGCUCCAGCCCGGAGGAUGAUUUCGUGUUGGUACCGAGCGACCUUAGCAGCGACACGGACAACAAUCCGCACCAGGUGAAAUACACGAAACAAACGAGUCGCGAAGCGAUCAGUCCACCGCGUCCAUGUUUCUUACCGAUCUCGGAACCCAUACCCGUUCCGUCGCAGAGAAGCGGGGGCGGCAUGGCGGUCGAGCCCUCAUCGCCGUCGUCGCGGGCCUGUCGAACGGAGAGCACCGGGGCCGGGGGAGGCGUCGUCGGCGGCGGGAGCGUCGUGCCCAGAUCUCAACCGAUAAGCAUGAGACGGAGCAACGAUCCUUACCGGAGCCACGGGCCGAACAUCGGCUCGCUGAGCCCGCCGAGCGUCCAAUUCGUCAUCGGGACCCCACCGGGGAGGAGAACCAGCGAGACGCCACCUCCCCCGAACACGUGGCAGGUCAGUCCGGUAGCGAGGCACUCGCACGCCCCGAGCGGCACGUCGCCGUUGAGGCGUUCCACGGGAGGCAACAAUAGCGCCUCUUCGCCUCUCCUGACCGGACCUCUCGCCGUUCUCGGAUCACCGACCAGUCGCGCCCUCCACGACAACAAUAAUACCUUGAGGCACUCACCGGUCAUACCGUUCGGCACGCGAGCAGUUACUCUCCCGGAGAUAUCGGAAGCCGCGAGCUUCAGAAAUCUCUUCCCCGAGCUCAAUCCCUCCUCCACCACGAACAACCCCACGAUGGACGAUCGUCCGUUGACCUUCAUAGCACCCGAGUUACCUGAGGAAACCUUGCUCGAACGGGAGCACAACGAAAUAUUAGCAAAGUUAAAUUUCGUAGUUGCUCUCUGCGAAUGCGUCAGCGAGGUCGCCAGAACGCGCGCCGGACCCCUCGGCGCCCCCCUCGGCGCUAUGGAACAAGCUGGUAACGCCGCGACCAAGAGAAGGGCCGAGCAAGUUAUACUUUUCGUCCGAGCUCUCCAGUGGCUCAGCUCCGGAUUGAGCCUCGCUACCCAGCAGCUCGAGGCUGGACGACUCCAACCUACCGCCAGUGUCAAGGAAGUCGUCAGCACAAUGAACGACAAAUAUCGAGCGUGUCUCGCCGAAUGCAAGCAGCUCAACAGCGCCGGUCUUCUUCGCCAAACUGGAGCAACCGCCGACAAAAUUCUCUACAAUCACGCGAUACAAAUGUGUCAGUCCGCCGCGCUGGACGAGCUUUUCGGUAACCCGGCCGAAUGCUUUCAGCGUUAUCACACGGCCCAGAUAUUGUUCCACUCGCUAUCGCAGCACGUUAAUCACAGUCAGGAUCGAGCACUCCUCAUCAAGUAUAAGGCAGCUGUCGAAAAGCGUCUGUACGUACUCCAGCAACAAGGUUACAUCUACGCAACUGACCCGACGUAACGUAUGUCAAAUAAUUGCAUCGAGAUGGAUGAGAUAUUAUAAAAAGUAUAUACACGUAUACAAAGACGGAUGAACGGACGAAGUGUGAAGUGAACGAGAAUGAUAAUCGCAAUUGACGAAGACGAUUGAGAUAACGAGAGAGGGAGAAAGUGACUAAAUCGAUAAAGAAAAUUUCUAACGAUCGCCUUCCCGGCGAGUCUCGUAUCCAUCAAUGACUAAUCAUGGUUAUUAUAAACUAAUCUUUUAUUUCGUAUAAAUAAAUAUAUAUAUAUAAUAGAUAUUAAGUAUCAAACGAAAAUGAGCAUACUAACCGCUGUAGUGGAGAAGGAACAAAGAAAACGAAGUAAAGAUUUUUUUCUGUACAA